GUGUAGUCUAUACUGUGUUGUAUGUGUCGUUAGGCAAAUGCCAUUGAAACUCUUCCAUUAAUAAAUACUUGUGAAACACCUCAGAUUCUAGAAUUUGGUCGCUGUUUCUCUUCUCUAGAUCAAAACAUGCCUUCUGCCAUGGAUGAAGGAAUAGGAGGCUUAUCGAAACGGCACAUGACUCCAUCAAAACAAAAUCAAAAUUAUAACCCUAGUUGCGAUCCAUCACCAUCACCAUCUCCAUCUUCCACAUCUGCUCCGGCACUGGUACUGACAAAUUCCGGGAAGCGGAUAGAUCAGGCUGGGAAGAAGAAAUACGUGAAGCAAGUAACAGGAAGACAUAAUGACACCGAGCUGCACUUAGCAGCCCAAAGAGGUGAUCUGGCAGCCGUGAAGCAGAUUCUCGAUGACAUUAAUUCGCAAAUGGGAAGAACUUUAAUCGGAGCUGAUUUUGAUGCGGAGGUUGCAGAGAUCCGAGCAUCAGUCGUGAACGAGGUGAACGAAUUGGGAGAAACGGCACUCUACACAGCUUCUGAAAGGGGACAUCUCGAGGUAGUAAAAGAGCUUUUGAAAUAUUCAGAUAAGGAAACACUUUUGAAAAGAAGCCGAUUAGAGUUUGAUCCUUUACAUGUCGCUGCUAGUCAAGGACACCAUGCUGUAGUCCAACUCCUACUUGACCAUGACGUAACACUCUGCAAAACCAGAUCACAAGGAAACGCAACACCUCUUAUCACCGCAGCUUCAAAAGGCCACACUGAUGUCGUCAACGAACUGCUAUCAAAGGAUUCGACCUUGUUAGAUAUUCCUAGAUCCAAUGGCAAAAACGCAUUACAUCUAGCAGCAAGAGCAGGUCAUGUCGAGACUUUGAAGACUUUGCUCGAUAAGGAUUCAAAUCUAGCCAGAAGAACAGACAAAAAGGGGCAAACCGCCCUGCAUAUGGCGGUGAAAGGCGCUAGCAGCGACGUCGUUAAAUUGCUGCUCGAAGCUGAUGCCGCCAUCGUUAUGCUGCCGGACAAAUCCGGUUUCACCGCAUUACAUGUCGCCACAAGAAAAAAGAGAGCAGAGAUAGUAAACGAAUUGCUUAGUCUCCCUGAUACGAAUGUUAACGCAUUAACCAGAGACCACAAAACGGCUCUAGACAUAGCCGAAGGGCUUUCGUUAUCGGAGGAAGCCGCCGAUAUAAGGGCGUGUCUGACGAAAAAAACAAACAAAAACGUCCAUGGAAUCGCUAAAGAGCUUCGAAAACUCCACCGUGAAGGAAUCAACAACGCCACGAACUCCGUCACCGUUGUGGCGGUGCUUUUCGCAACUGUGGCUUUUGCAGCCAUAUUCACGGUUCCCGGUGGGGAUAACGACGAUGGGAUGGCGGUGGUGGUGAACCGGGUUUCGUUUAAAAUAUUUUUUAUUUUUAAUGCGAUUGCUCUUUUUACGUCGUUGGCGGUGGUGGUUGUUCAGAUUACGUUGGUUAGAGGGGAGACGAAGGCGGAGAGGAAGGUGGUGGAGGUGAUUAAUAAGUUGAUGUGGUUGGCGUCUGUGUGUACUUCGGUGGCGUUUAUGGCGUCGGCGUAUAUAGUGGUUGGUCGGAAGUAUGAAUGGGCGGCGGUUCUGAUUACGGUAGUUGGUGGUGUUAUAAUGGUGGGGGUGUUGGGAACGAUGACGUAUUAUGUGGUGAAAUCGAAGAAAACUCGGUCGAUGAGAAGGAGGGAGAAGAUUGCAAAGAGUGGGACAAACUCAUGGCUGCCUUCGGAGUUUUCCAAUUCGGAAGUUGAGAGAAUUUAUGCUAUUUGA